ACUGGGGUUGGUUUUUUUUUCCCGACGUCACAUAUAAAUGUCCCAUUGACUCCCGCUGUGACGCGUUCACGUAGCUCUCCUCUUCCCCGCUGCUCUCCUUCGUACUGCACAGCAACAACAGAAGGACUCCCACUCCAACCCCAACCCCAGAAGACGAGGGUAUGUCUCGGUCAGUCUUCCUCGCCCUGCUCGGCCUGAGUCUCGGGCUGGUGAAUGCGUUCCCCUCCCAGCAGCCAGAAGGUGGGAAAAACUGGGUGGUCAUCGUGGCUGGCUCCAAUGGCUGGUACAACUACAGGCACCAGGCCGAUGCUUGCCAUGCCUACCAGAUUGUCCACAAGAAUGGCAUCCCGGAUGAGCAGAUUGUGGUCAUGAUGUACGAUGACUUGGCACAGAACGAGGAUAACCCGACCCCCGGGAUAGUGAUCAACAGGCCGAAUGGCACAGAUGUGUAUAAGGGAGUUCCUAAAGACUACACCGGGGAUGAUGUGACCCCGCAAAACUUUCUGGCUGUGCUGAAGGGCGACUCCUCAAAUGUCAAAGGUGGCUCUGGAAAAGUGUUGAAGAGCGGCCCCAACGAUCACGUGUUUGUGUAUUUCACCGACCACGGGGCGCCUGGUAUUCUGGCCUUCCCUAACGAUGAGCUCCAUGUGGAAGACCUCCAAGAAACUAUUAAAUACAUGCAUGAAAAUAAGAAAUACAAAAAGAUGGUGUUCUACAUCGAGGCAUGUGAGUCCGGGUCAAUGAUGAACAAACUCCCUGCUGACAUUGACGUGUACGCCACCACAGCAGCAAACGCUCAUGAGUCCUCUUACGCCUGCUACUAUGACGAGAAGAGGGACACAUACCUGGGAGACUGGUACAGUGUGAACUGGAUGGAGGACUCUGAUGUGGAGGACCUGACCAAAGAAACUUUGCUGAAGCAGUUCAAGAUCGUGAAGGGCCACACAAACACCAGCCAUGUCCAGCAGUUUGGAAACAAGACUCUGGCCCACAUGAAGGUUAUGGCGUUUCAGGGUAGCCGAAAGGCAAGCAGCCAGUCCGCUCCUCCAAUGACCCUGACGCCAGUAACAAACCUGGAUCUGACCCCGAGCCCCGACGUUCCUCUGGCCAUCCUCAAGAGGAAGAUGAUGUCGUCCAAUGAUAUCAGACAGGCGAGGGGGCUGCUGAUGGAGAUCAACACCCACCUGAAGAUCAGGGAGAUGCUGGCUGACAAUAUGCGCCAAGUGGUUGAGAAGGUGACCGGCAAUAAGCUGAAGGCCGAGGAGGUUCUCAACGACGAGCCGGACCUCUCCCAGCACCAGUGCUACAAGGCUGCAGUCAACCACUACAAACACAACUGCUUCAACUGGCACAAAACCGAGUAUGAAUAUGCUCUGAGACAUCUGUAUGCUCUGGUGAACCUGUGUGAGAGAGGAUACACUGCAGAGAGCAUUCAGCUCGCCAUGGACUCAGCGUGUCGUUUCAACAACUAAACGAGGUUUUUCUGCACGAGAGCCUCACAUCAAAGUGCUUCUUCUUCCGUGUGGGAAGCCCUGAGAAGACGAAUUCUCCUUGCACUGCUUAGGAAUCAAUCUGAUGUGGCGUUGACGUUAUUGUUUUAUCAACACACUAACACUUUUGUGAUGUUUUUAUUUUACUGAGAUUUUUUAAAACUUGUUUUAUGAUGCGUUGCACUAUCACUGUGAAUGGUUUGUGGAUGAUAUUUUACUGCUUCUGAUUUUUAGGACAUAGGAUAUAAAAUUAUAGCAUGGAAUUCAAGUAAAAUUGUUUUUCUCUCAGCUUUAUUUGUGGUAUGGAGGUCCUGGCAGGAAUAAUGAAUAAUGUUUGAUUGAUCUGAAUGGCCUACCACUAAACAUUGAAUGUUUGUUGAACCUGAA